CGGUUUUGCUGCUGCGAUUCUCGGCGUGAAAAUAAACUUCCAGCCGGAUCCUCCAGCCUAGCCCGAUAUGUCUAAGCAUCGCGUGUUUCCACCCACUUAGGUAAGCCGCUAUUAGCUAAGCUUUCCGCCCGUCCCUUUUCCUCGCCAGGCCAUCCCUCCCUUCGCCAGCCCGUUCUCUCUCGCUCGCCCUGACAGCCGACCACAAGCUGGGCCUUCGUUCCCCUCAUUAUUUGAUUUUCCGUUCGUUCGUUCAUUCUUUCAGAGACCAACCAUUUGUCCGUUCAUUGUUGUUUAAAUCCAGUCUUCGCUCUUCCUUCCUUUCUGUUGUAUAACACCAACGUCGCGCUGCGGCUGAAUCGAAUCAUCAGCUCACAAACACCCUGCACUUCGCCCGCAAACCAUUGCCAUUCGCCUUUCCGAUUCAGCGUUCAUUAGUUUGAUGGUUGUCUCGAUCAAUUAGAACUCCGGAGCCGCCGAUAUCCUGUGCGCAAACGACCCUCCCUAGAAAUCCCCUCAGAGACUGGUUCAUUUUUGAUCGUGAGCCACUCAAUUGCAUUACCCGUCGGGGUAAAAAGGAAUGCCUUUUUCAUAGUCAAGCGGGGAAGCCAAAGAAUAUCCAACGAGGUACCUUGUGGGAGUCCGAUGCACCGACUGUCAUCCAACUCCAACCAACUUACAUACAUAUUUCGCACGACGGAGAGCACUCCACAACGGACAAGUUGUAGCCCUUUGCUCAACGAGUAAAUAAAAGCCAUACCAAUACCCACGAUCGCUUCCAACCCUCAACGUCGUUCCAAUCCUUAGUCCACAAAAAUGAACCUCCUCGAUAAACUACAUGCUAAACUUGAACUCUACCGCCUUGAGCAGCGGUAUGCCCGACGCAAACAUCGGAGCACAUUUACCACAGGAGCCACUUACGUUGACGGCGAAUAUGUUUACGCCAACAGCACUGGCUCGUCACCCUACUCCUCCACGGCGACUGUGUCCAAGAAUUAUACCGGUUCCGGGUGGAGAUCAUCCUCCAGCAAAUUCCGAUGGAGGUGACACCUGCAAAACGACCAACGAUUAAAAGGGAACGUCGACCUUUGAGCAAACGAGCGACAUAUAUAUAUUCAACCUCCGGAUAUAUCGGACACGUCAAGCUUUAUCGAGGAGCAAUGAACAAAUGUUAAAACAAAAUAUUUUAUAAGGGAUCCCCAUUUUUUGGUAAUUCGACUGUGACGCCUAUACAGACCUUUUUUUUUUCGUUUUUGGCCGUGUUUAUAACACAUUUAUGGAUAAAUUUGUAAUUUGGAUUUACUUUCAGCAUGCAUGUUAUUGUACGUGGAUGUAACUUCAUGUAUAUAUGUUCUCCUGACGAUAUAUGGGCUUGAAAAAUAUACUGCAUUCUUUGCUU